GGCGCCAUGGACGGACUGCUGCUCCUCAUGUGGACUCUGCCCGUCCCGCUGGCAGGAUGCUCCUCCGUGCAGCUGCUCUCCACCCUCCUGUCCUGGAACAUCAUCCAGACUCUGCACAUUUACUGCUCGCACGCCUCCUCCACCGGACUGAAUCACGACUACGUGUUCGUGACCCCGGUGGAGGUGGACUCUGACGGAGCCUUGCUGAGCCACGGCGAGCCGCGGAGGAGCCCCCGCGGCAGGAGGGCCCUGUCCGCCGCGCUGCACUACCGCCUGUCCGCCUUCGGCCAGGACCUGCAGCUGGACCUGCGCCCGUCCCCGGUGGUGGGGCCGGGCUUCACCGUGCAGACCGUGGGGGCGGAGGGGAUCUCCACCCUGCCGGGGGCCCAGGCCGGCUUCCUCCACUGUCUCUAUCAGGGAUCUGUCCGCAACCGCUCGGCCUCCUCGGCGGCGAUUUCCACGUGUUCUGGUCUGUCAGGUUUGAUCCGGGUGUCACAGGAGGAGUAUCUCAUAGCACCGCUGCCCCAACAUCUGGCCGAGCGUCACAACUACAGCGCCCCCAGUGGUCAUCACCCGCAUGUCGUCUACAAGCGCUCAGCAGAACACGUCGUCCACGGAAGAUCGCCCGACGCCAGCUCCCCCGCGAAUACCGACCCGUACUCCCAGCUCCACCAGCAGCUCCACCAGCAGCUCCACCAGCGGCGGCAGCACCACGUCCAGCACGGGAAGCUGCAGAGGCAUCACUUCUGCGGACGCCGCAAGCAAUAUGCUCCCAAAGCUCCUGCAGAGGACCGCUUCAUCAUGCCCGAUGAGUUUUCCGGCCCGGAGGCGGAGGCGGAGGCGGAGGCGGACGGGUCCGGGAGGGCCCGGCGAUCGCCCAUCACCUCCAACAGGGUGGGGGGUCUGAACGUGGAGACGCUGGUGGUGGCGGACAGGAAGAUGCUGGAGAAACACGGCAGAGACAACGUCACCACCUACGUCCUCACCGUCAUGAAUAUGGUAUCCAGCCUUUUUAAAGACGGCACUAUUGGCACAGACAUCAACAUCGUGGUGGUGAGCUUGUUGCUGCUGGAACAGGAACCGCUGGGUCUGACCAUAAACCACCACGCCGACCAGUCCCUGAACAGUUUCUGUCAGUGGCAGUCAGGUCUGGUGGGGAAAGGCGGCAAGCGGCACGACCACGCCGUGCUCCUCACCGGGCUGGACAUCUGCUCCUGGAAGAACGAGCCCUGCGACACUCUGGGCUUCGCCCCCAUCAGCGGCAUGUGCAGCAAGUACAGGAGCUGCACCAUCAACGAGGACACAGGACUGGGCCUGGCCUUCACCAUCGCCCACGAGUCCGGACACAACUUUGGUAUGAUCCAUGACGGGGAGGGAAACCCUUGUCGAAAAACUGAAGGGAACAUCAUGUCCCCCACCCUGGCGGGGAACAACGGGGUCUUCUCCUGGUCCACCUGCAGCCGUCAGUACCUCAGCCGUUUCCUGGGAACAGCACAGGCUUCCUGUCUGGUGGACGAGCCCCGGCAGAUCGGUCAGUACAAGUACCCCGAGCAGCUGCCCGGGCAGCUGUACGACGCCGACACGCAGUGCAAGUGGCAGUUUGGGUCCAAGGCCAAACUCUGCAGCCUGGAUUUUGUGAAGGACAUCUGCAAGUCUCUGUGGUGUCACCGCACCGGACACCGCUGUGAGACCAAGUUCAUGCCUGCUGCCGAGGGAACCAGCUGUGGCCCAGACAUGUGGUGUCGUAGAGGUCAGUGUGUCAAAUACGGGGAGCACGGCCCCAGAGCGGUGCACGGGCAGUGGUCCACCUGGUCCCCGUGGUCGGAGUGCUCCAGGUCGUGUGGAGGAGGGGUGAUGCACCGGGAGCGCUCCUGCACCAGCCCCAGACCACAGAACAACGGUAAAUUCUGCUCCGGCUCCAGCCGUCUCAACCAGCUGUGCAACACUCGGCCGUGCCCGUCCAGCGCCGUGGACUUCCGGGCCCAGCAGUGUGCCGAGUACAACAGCAAGCCCUUCAGGGGCUGGUUCUACAAGUGGAAGCCCUACACCAAAGUGGACGAUGAAGAUAUCUGUAAGCUGUAUUGCAUCGCAGAAGACUUUGACUUCUUCUUCGCCAUGUCCAGCAAGGUCAAAGACGGCACGUCCUGCUCCGACCACAGAGGAGACGUCUGCAUCGACGGAGUGUGUGAGGUGGUGGGCUGUGACCAGAUCCUGGGCUCCAGGGCCUCCCUGGACGCCUGUGGGCUCUGUAAAGGGGACAACUCCACCUGCAAGUUCUUCAAGGGCCAGUACACCCUUCAGCACCGAGCCAACGAGUAUUACUCCAUGGUGACGGUCCCAGCUGGGGCUCGAAGCGUUCACGUCCAGGAAAUGGAAGUCUCCACCAGCUACCUGGCCGUGCGCUCCCUGAAGAGGAAGUACUUCCUGACCGGGGACUGGACCGUGGACUGGCCAGGGAAGUUCCUCUUCGGCGGGACCGUGUUCGACUACCAGCGCUCUUUCAACAAGCCGGAGAGCCUGUACGCUGCCGGACCUACUAAUGAGACGCUGGUGUUUGAAAUCCUGCUGCAGGGGAAGAACCCGGGCGUGGUGUGGGAGUACACCCUGCCUCGCACCGAGAGGAAGGCCGACUACAGCUGGGGCGUGGUGCGCUCCGACUGCUCCGCUCCCUGCGCCGGAGGUCGCAUCUCCACCAAGGCCAUCUGUCUGCAGGACCAGAAGACGCAGGUCAACUCCAGCAUGUGCAACCCGCUCACCAAGCCCGCCCUGGGCUCCCAUCUGUGCAACACGCAGCCCUGCCCUGCCUACUGGGCCACGGGGGACUGGGGCCCCUGCAGCCGCUCGUGUGGGGGCGGCCAGCAGACCCGGACCCUGCGCUGCCUCAGGAGGGUGACCUACCAGAGGGAGGAGGUGGUGGCCCACUCCCUGUGCCCCGUCAUCUCCCCGGCUCAGAUCCAGCCCUGCCACACCCAGGCCUGCCCGCCCGAGUGGAGCACCGGAUCCUGGUCUCAGUGCUCCAAGUCGUGCGGCCGCGGGACGAGGAAGCGGAGCGUGUUCUGCCGCAGCAGCGACCCGGGGGCCGGCGCCGUGGUGGUCCCGGACAGCAUGUGCAGGCAGCACCACCGGCCCAAAGCCCAGGAGGCCUGCGUCCUGCGGCGCUGCCCCCGCAACGAGCGGCUGCAGUGGAUCGCCACGCCCUGGGGAGAGUGCUCACACUCCUGCGGCUCGGGCUUCCAGAAGAGAGAGCUCCGCUGUGGGGAGAGAGACGCCCAGGGGGGGUACGUGGAGUUCCCGGUCCGCAGGUGCAGGAGCCUGGCCAAACCUCUGGUGGAUCUGCAGCAGGGCUGUAACCGGGGGGCGUGUCCGGAGCCCCCCCGGGCGCUCCCCGCGCCGCUGGGCUGGUUCUCCUCGCCGUGGCAGCAGUGCACGGUGUCCUGCGGAGGAGGCGUCCAGACCCGGACCAUCCAGUGUCUCCGGCACGGUCGGCCCGCCGCCGGCUGCCCCCCCCACCAGAGGCCCGUCACCUCCAGAGCCUGCAACACACACUUCUGCCCCGCGGCCCCCCCACAGCGCCCCGGCAGCCGGGCGCCGCCCGCUGCCCCCACCCUCAAAGGUGACCUCUGUGUGGAUCUCUUCAGCUGGUGCCACCUGGUUCCUCAGCACGGCGUCUGCAACCACAAGUUCUACGGGCAGCAGUGCUGCAGGUCCUGCUCCAGCCGGAGGCCGUAG